UGUAAAAUAGCCUUCGUUUAGAGCCCGAUAGCCUUUAAAGCGUCGUAUAUCUCAUCUCAUAAACCCUGCUGCGAGAUCAUAUCUUCUCACCUUCUUCACGCAAAACCCUAGCGCCUUCUAUUAUUCCACAGAAAACAACAACGCGCCAAAAAUGACUGGAGAAACCGUGAAUCCAAAAGCUUACCCUUUGGCUGAUGCACAGCUUACCAUAACGAUAAUGGAUCUUGUUCAACAAGCUGCUAAUUACAAGCAGCUUAAAAAAGGUGCCAAUGAAGCUACAAAGACACUUAACAGAGGCAUUUCUGAGUUUGUUGUGAUGGCGGCUGAUACUGAACCACUUGAAAUUCUUCUCCAUCUCCCUUUGCUUGCUGAAGAUAAGAAUGUUCCCUAUGUAUUUGUUCCAUCAAAACAAGCACUCGGUCGAGCAUGUGGUGUGACCAGGCCAGUGAUUGCAUGUUCUGUGACCACUAAUGAGGGAAGUCAACUGAAAUCUCAAAUACUGCAACUGAAGGAUGCUAUUGAGAAACUACUAAUCUGAUAGACUGAUUUCGGUAUGAUGGGCUUCAUGAGUUUGCUAGAUUCUCCUUGAGGCUUUGACUGGACGAGUUGUGUUCAACUCGGAAAGGUGCUUUAUAUGUAAACCUACUUUAAUACUUAUCUCCACUCUGUUUGAAGAUUGAAAGUGCAAUUUUUAAGUUGGUGUGUGCUUGCAAUGCUUUAUACUUGUGUAUUAUAUACAGUUUCAGUGUUUUUAGUUAUUUGGGUGCUAAGUAAAUUUUAAUUAUCUGGGUGCA